AUGAAUAUGGUGAAAAGGAUUAUGGGUCGGCCUCGACAGGAGGAAUGUAGCCCUCAGGAUAACGCUCUGGGACUGAUGCACUUGCGUCGACUUUUCACGGAACUGUGUCAUCCUCCUCGGCACAUGACUCAGAAAGAACAGGAAGAGAAGCUUUACAUGAUGCUGCCAGUUUUUAACAGGGUGUUUGGGAAUGCGCCUCCAAGUACGAUGAUAGAAAAGUUUUCAGAUCUCCUUCAGUUUACAACACAAGUGUCAAGAUUAAUGGUGACUGAAAUUCGGCGGAGGGCCUCUAACAAGUCAACAGAGGCGGCAAGCCGUGCCAUAGUCCAGUUCCUAGAGAUCAAUCAGAGUGAAGAAGCCAGUAGAGGAUGGAUGUUGCUCACUACAAUUAAUUUGCUAGCGUCAUCUGGACAGAAAACAGUGGACUGCAUGACGACUAUGUCGGUGCCUUCCACGCUUGUGAAAUGUCUCUAUCUGUUUUUCGACCUUCCACAUGUGCCUGAGGCAGCCGGAGGAGCCCAGAAUGAGCUGCCUCUAGCUGAGCGGAGAGCACUACUGCAGAAAGUGUUUGUGCAGAUCUUGGUGAAAUUGUGCAGCUUUGUGUCCCCAGCGGAAGAGCUUGCUCAGAAGGACGACCUACAGCUUCUAUUCAGUGCAAUAACCUCCUGGUGCCCUCCCUAUAACCUGCCUUGGAGAAAAAGCGCAGGGGAAGUACUCAUGACCAUAUCACGUCACGGCCUUAGUGUCAAUGUAGUCAAAUACAUUCACGAAAAAGAAUGCUUGUCAACAUGUAUUCAGAACAUGCAGCAGUCGGAUGACCUUUCACCUUUAGAAAUUGUUGAGAUGUUUGCUGGCCUUUCUUGCUUCCUCAAAGAUUCCAGCGAUGUCUCUCAAACGCUGUUGGAUGAUUUUAGGAUAUGGCAAGGAUAUAACUUCCUCUUUGAUCUCUUACUCAGGUUAGAACAAGCAAAAGAAGCCGAAUCCAAGGAUGCUUUGAAAGAUUUGGUUAAUCUGAUAACCUCACUAACAACAUAUGGGGUCAAUGAAUUAAAACCAGCUGGUGUUACUACAGGGGCGCCUUUUCUGUUGCCCGGAUUUGCAGUCCCACAGCCUGCGGGCAAAGGCCACAACGUGAGGAAUAUCCAAGCAUUCUCUGUCCUGCAAAAUGCUUUCCUGAAGGCAAAAACUAGCUACCUUGCACAAAUUAUCCUCGAUGCCAUCUUAAAUAUAUACAUUGCGGACAAUGCCAACUACUUCAUCUUGGAGUCCCAGCACACGUUGUCCCAGUUUGCGGAGAAGAUUGCUAAGCUUCCAGAAGUGCAGGCCAAAUACUUUGAGAUGCUUGAAUUUGUCGUCUUCAGCCUGAACUACAUACCUUGCAAAGAACUCAUCAGCGUCAGCAUCCUCUUAAAAUCCAGCGCCUCUUACCCAUGUAGCAUCUUUGCAAUGAAGACACUACUUAAGUUCACGCGUCAUGACUACAUCUUUAAGGAUGUCUUCAGGGAGGUGGGACUUCUGGAGGUGAUGGUGAACCUCUUGCAUAAGUAUGCAGCUCUUUUGAAAGAUCCUACACAGGCUCUGAAUGAUCAAGGGGACUCGAGAAACAACAGUUCAUCUGAAGACCAAAAGCAGCUGGCUUUGCUGGUUAUGGAAACCUUAACAGUGCUGCUCCAGGGUUCGAACACCAAUGCAGGUAUCUUCAGAGAGUUCGGUGGAGCCAGGUGUGUGCACAACAUAGUAAAAUAUCCACAAUGCAGGCAACACGCGCUGAUGAUCAUCCAGCAGCUGGUGCUCUCACCGAGUGGUGACGAUGACAUGGGUACCCUUUUGGGAUUGAUGCACUCUGCUCCACCGACGGAAUUACAGUUGAAGACUGACAUAUUGAGGGCCCUGCUGUGUGUGCUAAAAGAGAGUCACCGGACGAGAACAGUUUUUAGAAAAGUUGGUGGGUUUGUGUACGUCACAUCCUUGCUGGUUGCCAUGGAGAGGUCCUUGUGUUCUCCGCCCAAGAACGGCUGGGAGAAAGUGAACCAGAACCAAGUGUUCGAACUGCUCCACACUGUUCUCUGCACUUUGACCGCAGCGAUGCGCUAUGAGCCCGCCAACUCGCACUUCUUCAGAACAGAGAUCCAAUAUGAAAAGCUGGCCGAUGCCGUGAGGUUACUUGGCUGCUUCUCAGACUCCAGGAAAAUAAGCCCUUUGAACAUCUUCCCCUCCAACACCCAGCCCUUUCAAAGACUGUUGGAAGAUGACCUGAUCUCCAUGGAUUCGGUGUCACCUACUUUGAGGCAUUGCAGUAAACUCUUUAUUUACCUCUACAAAGUAACUACCGACUCUUUUGACAGUCGUGCGGAACAGAUCCCUCCUUGCCUGACAAAUGAGACUUCUCUCCCCUCUCCUUGGGGAACACCAGCUUUGUCCAGGAAAAGGCAUGCAUAUCAUUGUUCUUCAACCCCACCAGUAUUCCCUCCCAAAAAUUCUGGGGAUUUGAAGCUGCACAAAGGAACGGUGCCUCUGCAGAGCUUGGAUGCAGUCAUCAUUCACCCUGGAGCAAUGCUUUCCAUGUUAGACCUCCUAGUCUCAGUUGGGUCGGCUACACAGCCAGAACAUGCCCUGGAUCUUCAGCUUGCCGUGGCCAACAUCUUGCAGUCCCUAGUGCACACAGAAAGAAAUCAGCAAGUCAUGUGUGAAGCGGGACUCCAUGCUCGACUUCUCCAGAGAUGCAGUGCGGCUCUUGCUGAUGAAGACCAUCCCUUGCAUCCGCCCCUCCAGAGGAUGUUUGAAAGGCUGGCCUCUCAAGCACUGGAACCAGUGGUGCUGAGGGAAUUUUUACGUUUGGGAAAUCCUCUGAAUUGUGGCGCCUGGGACAAAAAGCUGUUGAAACGAUACAGAGUGCAUAAGCCAAGCUCAUUAAGUUAUGAGCCAGAGAUGAGAAAUAGCAUGGUUACAUCAAUGGAAGGUUUGGGUACUGACUGUGUGUUCAGCUUACACGAAGAUAAUCACUAUAGGAUAAGUAAAAGCCUCUUAAAACCAGCAGAAGGAAGCACAGUACCCCUGACAAGAGUGAAAUGUUUGGUCUCCAUGACAACCCCACAUGAUAUUAGGCUUCAUGGGUCAUCAGUUACUCCAGCAUUUAUUGAAUUUGACACGUCUCUUGAAGGGUUCGGCUGUCUGUUCUUGCCGAGCUUGGCACCCCACAAUGCACCGACCAACAACGUAGUCACAACAGGUCUUACCGAUGGCACUGUGGUCAGUGGAAUCGGGGCUGGAGAGAGACUUUUUCCACCGCCAUCUGGUUUGAGCUAUUCAAGUUGGUUUUGCAUAGAACAUUUUAGUACAUCCCCAAAUCAUCAUCCCGUCAGACUUCUUACAGUUGUAAGACGAGCAAACAGCUCGGAGCAGCACUACGUAUGUCUUGCCAUAGUUCUCUCUGCAAAAGACCGAUCACUGAUUGUAUCAACCAAGGAAGAGCUACUUCAGAACUAUGUUGAUGAUUUCAGCGAAGAAUCCUCCUGCUACGAAAUCCUCCCUUGCUGUGCUCGGUUUCGUUGUGGUGAACACAUUAUAGAAGGCCAGUGGCAUCAUAUGGUUCUGGUGAUGAGCAAAGGCAUGCUGAAAAAUAGCACUGCUGCACUCUACAUCGAUGGGCAGCUUAUUAAUACAGUCAAGCUUCACUAUAUUCACAGUAGCCCCGGCGGUUCGAGUUGUGCCAAUCCACCAGUAGUUAGCACAGUCUAUGCCUAUAUGGGCACGCCACCUGCCCAGCGCCAGCUGUCCUCUUUGGUUUGGCGGUUGGGGCCAACUCAUUUCCUGGAAGAAGUGCUGCCUCCCUCAAGCAUUAGCACAAUUUAUGAACUGGGGCCAAACUAUGUUGGAAGUUUUCAAGCAGUAUAUAUACCAUGUAAAGAUUCCAAGCCAGAAGGCAUCAGUCCCUGUCCAGUAUCUUUGGUACCGGAGGAAAAAGUCUCUUUCGGUCUCUAUGCACUCUCCGUUUCCUCACUGACUGUGGCAAGGAUUAGGAAAGUUUAUAAUAAACUGGACAGCAAGGCCAUUGCCAAACAGUUGGCUGUUUCAUCUCAUGAGAAUGCCACUCCAGUGAAACUGCUGCAUAAUUCAGGAGGACAUCUGAAUGGAUCCGCGCGUACCAUUGGCGCAUCUCUGAUCGGAUACUUGGGAGUAAGAACGUUUGUCCCUAAGCCUGUCGCCACUACAUUACAGUACAUAGGUGGAGCGGCUGCCAUUCUGGGUCUGGUAGCCAUGGCCUCAGAUGUCGAGGGACUCUAUGCUGCUGUGAAGGCGCUUGUGUGUGUUGUCAAGAGCAACCCCCUGGCUAGCAAAGAAAUGGAGAGAAUCAAAGGUUAUCAGUUACUGGCAAUGCUGCUAAAGAAGAAACGCUGCCUUCUGAAUAGCCACAUUCUUCAUCUGACCUUUUCCUUGGUCGGGACUGUUGACAGUGGGCACGAAACGUCCAUUAUUCCAAAUUCAACUGCCUUCCAGGACCUCCUUUGUGACUUUGAGGUUUGGCUUCACGCACCUUAUGAGCUUCACCUUUCAUUAUUUGAACAUUUCAUUGAACUCCUAACUGAAUCCAGUGAAGCAGCAAAGAAUGCUAAAUUGAUGAGGGAAUUCCAGCUGAUCCCGAAACUGUUGCUGACUCUCCGAGAUAUGUCUUUGUCACAGCCAACUAUUGCUGCCAUGAGCAAUGUGCUGAGCUAUUUGCUUCAGGGUUUCCCAAGCAGCAAUGACCUACUCAGGUUUGGACAGUUCAUCUCCUCUACUCUGCCUACAUUCGCAGUCUGUGAGAAAUUUGUCGUCAUGGAGAUGAACAGUGAAGAAAAGCUGGACACUGGAACAGAAGAGGACUUUGGAGGCCUUGUUAGUGCAAAUCUUAUUCUUCUGAGGAACAGACUGCUGGAUAUCCUGCUUAAACUUGUGUACACAUCUAAAGAAAAAACAAGUGUCAACUUGCAGGCUUGUGAAGAGCUGGUUCGGACCCUUGGGUUUGACUGGGUCAUGCUGUUCAUGGAGGAACAUCUACACCCUACCACAGUGACUGCAGCCAUGAGAAUUCUGGUGGUCUUGCUGAGCAAUCCAACUAUUCUUGUCAAGUUCAAGGAAGGCCUCAGUGGUGGAGGCUGGCUUGACCAGACAGAUUCUGUCUUGACAAACAAGAUUGGGACUGUACUUGGCUUCAACGUUGGCAGGAGCGCAGGCGGCCGAUCGACUGUCAGGGAAAUUAACCGGGACGCCUGUCAUUUCCCGGGCUUCUCGGUUCUUCAGUCCUUUCUUCCUAAGCACACCAACGUCCCCGCGCUCUAUUUUCUCCUAAUGGCACUUUUCCUGCAGCAGCCAGUCACUGAGCUGCCUGAAAACCCGCAGGUCAGUGCACCUGUCCUCACCAGCCGAUGUAAUCAGGGUUGCCAGUUUGACUUGGAUUCAAUUUGGACAUUUAUCUUCGGUGUUCCUGCUUCAAGUGGCACCGUGGUCUCUUCAAUUCACAGUGUUUGCACAGAAGCUGCCUUCUUGUUACUGGGAAUGCUGAGGAGCAUGUUGAAUUCACCUUGGCAGUCAGAAGAAGAGGGUUCUUGGCUUCGUGAAUAUCCAGUCACUUUGAUGCAGUUCUUUCGCUACUUAUAUCACAAUGUUCCUGACCUGGCUUCAAUGUGGAUGAGCCCAGAGUUUCUUUGUGCACUGGCAGCCACUGUGUUCCCUUUCAAUAUCCGGCCAUACUCUGAAUAGGUUACUGAUCUGGAUGAUGACGUUGGAUCCCCAGCUGAAGAAUUCAAAGCAUUUGCCUCUGAUACAGGAAUGAACCGGAGUCAGUCAGAAUACUGCAACGUAGGGUCCAAGACCUACCUGACAAACCAUCCUGCAAAGAAGUUUGUGUUUGACUUCAUGCAAGUGCUGAUAAUUGAUAACCUCUGCCUUACGCCUGCAAGCAAGCAGACUCCAUUGAUAGACCUCCUUCUAGAGGCCUCUCCUGAGAGAUCAACAAGGGCACAGCAGAAAGAAUUUCAGACCUAUAUUUUGGACAGUGUGAUGGACCACUUGCUUGCUGCUGAUGUUUUACUGGGUGAGGAUGCGUCUCUUCCUAUUACAAGUGGUGGAAGCUACCAAGUCCUUGUCAACAACGUGUUCUAUUUCACACAGCGAGUGGUGGAUAAGCUUUGGCAAGGCAUGUUCAAUAAGGAAUCCAAGCUGCUGAUAGAUUUCAUAAUCCAGUUAAUUGCACAGUCGAAAAGGAGAUCUCAGGGAUUAUCGCUCGAUGCCGUUUAUCACUGCCUGAAUAGGACCAUCUUAUACCAGUUCUCGAGGCCACACAAAACUGUUCCCCAGCAAGUCGCUCUCCUCGACUCGCUCAGGAUGCUCACUGUCAAUCGGAACCUAAUCCUGGGGCCCGGGAACCACGACCAAGAGUUCAUCAGCUGCUUGGCUCAUUGCUUGAUUAACCUGCACGCAGGGAGCAGCGUAGAUGGGUUUGGCCUGGAAGCAGAAGCCAGAAUGACAACUUGGCACAUCAUGAUCCCUUCUGACAUAGAGCCAGAUGGAGUCUACAAUCAAGACGUUAGCGAAGGUCGCCAGCUUCUUUUAAAGGCCGUGAACCGUGUGUGGACAGAGCUAAUCUACAGCAAGAAGCAGGUUCUGGAGGAGUCCUUCAAAGUAUCCCUCCCUGUCAACGAGAGAGGCCACGUGGACAUCACUCUGGUGAAGCCCCUUGUUGAAGAAGCCAGUCUAAAGUGCUGGCAGAAUCAUUUGG